GUUUGUGAUAGCUGUAUAUUUAACAAAGAUAUAUGAUGAAGAAGAGUGUGUGUGAAAUGCUUCUGGUUGAAGGGUGAAUAUAUAAUAAAACCAUAAAGUUGAAGAGGCCUUUAAAAACUCAUCUUCAUGGUGUUAUUGAGCUUACUUUGAACUUUCUUUAAACCUUUAAACUAAGCUUCUUCAGUUGAAGGGUAUCAGAAUCUGCUACUGCUGCUGCUGCUGCUGGUUUCAUCGAUCUGAUGGAGGAAAAUCUGCCUCCUGGAUUCAGGUUUCAUCCUACGGACGAAGAACUCAUCACAUGUUAUCUUACAAAGAAGGUUUCUGAUUCUAGCUUCACAUCCAGAGCUAUAGCAGUCGUUGAUCUCAACAAAUCUGAACCAUGGGACCUACCAGGUAAGGCUUCCAUGGGGGAAAAGGAGUGGUACUUCUUUAGCUUAAGAGACAGAAAGUAUCCAACUGGACUUCGGACAAACCGAGCCACAGAAUCAGGUUACUGGAAAACAACAGGAAAAGACAAAGAAAUUUUUCGUACUGGUGUUUUGGUCGGAAUGAAGAAAACCCUAGUCUUCUAUAGGGGUAGAGCUCCAAGGGGAGAGAAAAGUAAUUGGGUCAUGCACGAAUAUAGACUCGAAAACAAGCAUCACCUGAGACCUUCCAAGGAUGAAUGGGUGGUUUGCAGGGUUUUCCAGAAGAGCUUACUGGUGAAGAAACCACAGCAAGCAAACUCAUCACAACCAGAUUCUCCAUGUGACACAGUCUCAAUGGUGAAUGAAUUUGGUGAUGUUGAGCUUCCUAAUCUAAACAGCAUUGCAAAUUCUUCAGGGCACAGUUUUAUGAAUGCUGAUCUGAGUAAUAACAGUGUUAACACAAACAUGAACUUGGCCAUGAAUUGGGCAGUUGCAAGUGAGGUUCAGGUUCAGGUUCCCUCUCUCACAUCUCUGCCAUGGCCUUCUGGGUUGCUGAGUCCAAGUAUUUCUUCUGUAAAUUCUUUGCUUCUCAAGGCAUUGCAACUUAGAAAUUAUCAACAGAGAGAAGCAGCAGCAGUAGCUACAGAUCAUUUUGCACCAUUUAUGGGUGAAGGACUUUCCCAAGUUGGAACUGAACUAAGUUCAAAUCUGACAGCAUCAUCUUCUUCAAAAGUUCAAGAGUGUUUGCCACAGCAGCAACUACAACAACAACAGGAGCAACCAUUCAAUUUGGACUCCAUUUGGUGAAUCUGUUCAAAUCAGGAAACUAACAUUGUGUAAUUACAUCAACCCUCCAACCCCCAUAAAUAAAACACCACCAUUUCCAAACUCAACACAGUCACUGAUGUUGUAAAACCUAGCUCUUUUAUUGUGAUUAUUAGCGGCCAAAA